AUGGCGGAGAUCAAGAUUGACAGCAAGCUCUUCCAGGAGCGCAUCUCGCACUUCGUGACGGCCUGGAAGAACGACCUCCGAACCAAAGAUGGGCUGUUCGGUGGUGCCUCGUCCAUGGUCGUCAUGAUGGGCAAGGUCGAGGAGAUUCCCGAGCUCCACAAGAACAACGCCAUUCACUUUUGGCUUCUUGGAUACGAGUUCCCGACGACUUUGAUGCUGUUCACUCUGGACACCGUGUACAUCCUCACGACGGCGAAGAAGGCGAAACAUCUUGAUCAGCUCAAGGGCGGCCGAUUCCCGAUCGAAGUGCUCGUGCGAGGCAAGGAUGCGGCCGAGAACGAGAAGCUGUUUAUCAAAGUUACCGACAAGAUUAAGGAGGCCGGAGAUAAAGUCGGUACGAUCGCCAGAGAUACCUCGAGAGGACCGUUUGUCGACGAGUGGAAGAAGGUGCUGGCAGACAAGUGCAAGGAUGUUGAGCAGGUCGACGUCUCUGCGGCACUCUCAGCGCACGCCUUUGCUGUCAAGGACGAGAACGAGCUUCGAGCGAUGCGAACCGCCUCCAAGGCCUGCGUGGCUUUGAUGACUCCCUAUUUCCUCGACGAAAUGUCCAGUAUCCUCGAUGCGGAGAAGAAGGUUAAGCAUUCCGCGCUUGCCGAAAAGGUCGACAAGAAGCUCGACGACAACAAAUUUUGGCAGACCGUGCAGCUCCCUAGCAAAGGAAAACUGCCCUCGGAUCUCGACCCGACUCAGCUGGACUGGAUCUUGGGUCCCUCUAUCCAGAGUGGCGGCAAGUACGAUUUGAGAUUUUCGGGCGAACCCAACGACGAAAACCUGCAUGCCGGCAUCAUCAUUGCUGCCAUGGGACUUCGAUACAAGUCGUACUGCUCUACCAUCGCACGUACGUACCUGGUUGAUCCGAACAAGUCCCAAGAGAGCAACUACAAGCUCCUCACCCUCAUCCACAACACGAUCAUGAAGGAAAUCCGAGACGGCAUGCUGGCAAAGGAAGUCUACGCCAAGGCUAUCGGCAUCAUCAAGAGCAAGAAGCCGGACAUGGAGAAGCAUUUCCUCAAGAAUGUCGGCUGGGGAAUUGGAUUGGAGAACAAGGACCCGACUCUUGUUCUCAAUGCCAAGAAUCAGAGAAGCUUGAAGGACGGCAUGACCCUGAUCAUAAACACUGGGUUCCAUGAUAUUGAAAAUCCCCAGCCUCAAGACAAGAACAGCAAGGUCUACGCCCUUGUCCUCACCGACACCAUUCGAGUGACGUCUACCGAGCCGGUGAUCUUUACGGCUGAAGCGCCCACAAGCGCGGACGCCAACUCGUUCUUUUUCAAGGAUGAUGAGGAAGCCGAGCCUGCCCCUAAGAAGGAGAAGAAGGACUCCCGCGUUGGCGCUGUCGCUACCAAGAAUAUCACAUCGACAAGACUCCGAUCUGAACGUACGACGCAAGUUGAAGAUGACUCGGACAAGAGGCGACGCGACCAUCAAAAGGAGCUUGCUACCAAGAAGCAGAAGGAAGGUAUGGCAAGAUUUGCCGAGUCCACGAAUGACCAAAAUGGCGGUGAAAUAAAGAAGUUCAAGCGGUUCGAGUCGUACAAGAGAGACAACCAGUUUCCUCUGCGAAGCAAGAACCUCGAAAUUAUCGUGGACAGCAAGAACAGCACCGUCGUUCUCCCCAUUAUGGGUCGACCGGUUCCUUUCCACAUCAACACCAUCAAGAACGCUAGCAAGAGCGACGAGAAUGACUUCGCUUUCUUGCGAAUCAACUUCCUAUCCCCUGGCCAAGGUGUAGGAAGGAAGGAUGACCAGCCGUUUGAGGACGCCUCGGCUCACUUUGUUCGAAGCUUGACGUUCCGUUCGUCUGAUGGUGACAGAUACAACGAGAUUGCGACGCAAAUCUCGAACAUGAAGCGAGAUGUGGUUAAGAAGGAGCAAGAGAAGAAGGACAUGGAGGAUGUUGUGGAGCAGGACAAGCUGGUGGAGAUUAGAAACCGCCGCCCUGCUGUAUUGGACAACGUGUACAUCCGACCUGCCAUGGAAGGAAAGCGAGUUCCCGGAAAGGUGGAGAUUCACCAGAAUGGUAUUCGUUACCAGUCUCCCCUCAACGCCCAGCACCGUGUUGAUAUUCUUUUCUCGAACGUCAAGCACCUCUUCUUCCAGCCCUGCCAGCAUGAGUUGAUUGUCAUUAUUCACAUUCACCUCAAGGAUCCCAUUAUCGUGGGCAACAAGAAGAAGACCAAGGAUGUCCAGUUCUACCGCGAAGCAACCGACAUUCAGUUCGAUGAGACAGGCAACCGAAAGCGGAAGUACCGGUAUGGCGAUGAGGACGAGUUUGAGGCCGAGCAGGAAGAGCGACGUCGGAGAGCCGAGCUCGAUCGCCUGUUCCAAGGCUUCGCCCAGAAGAUUGCCGAAGCUGGCCGAAACGAGGGUAUCGAGGUCGACAUGCCCAUCCGCGACCUUGGUUUCCACGGUGUGCCGUUCCGAAGCAACGUUUUCGUCCAACCAAGUACAGACUGUCUUAUCCAGGUUGUGGAGCCUCCGUUUAUGGUUAUUACCAUCGAAGAGGUUGAAGUUGCCCAUUUGGAACGUGUCCAGUUCGGCUUGAAGAACUUCGAUAUGGUCUUUGUCUUCAAAGACUUUACUCGAGCACCUUACCACAUUAACACUAUCCCUGUGGAAUUCCUGGAUCAGGUCAAGGACUAUCUCGACUCCUCUGACAUUGCCUUUACCGAGGGUCCCCUUAACCUCAACUGGCCUACCAUCAUGAAGACUGUCACCGCCGACACACAUCAGUUCUUCGUCGACGGAGGUUGGUCCUUCCUACAGGCCGACUCAGACGACGAGGGUGGCGAUGCCGAGUCUGAACAGGAGUCGGCCUUCGAGCUUGACGACGAGGAGCUUGACGAGGCUUCUGAGUCUAGUGAAGAGGAUUCCGACUUCGGCAGCAACGCUAGUGACGAUGAUGACGAGGAUGACGAACUGGACAGCGAGGAUGAAGGCGAAGACUGGGAUGAGCUGGAGCGCAAGGCCAAGAAGCGAGACCGCGAAAGCGCCAUGGAAGAAGAAGACCGCGGCAGCAAGAAGAAGCGCAAGCGAUAA